GUGGUACUAUAUAUCCUGCAUACACAGUUCUUUUCUUCAUUUCGCUGCAAGCAAGACAGCCGGGGUUUGUUAUUUUUCUUCCAACAUAAUAUGGAGGUGGCACCUUGUGCCCAGGAAGUUGGUAGACAUGCAGCAUUACUGUUGGCUUAUCUGAACUUGCAGAGAAAACAAGGCCAGUUUUGUGACCUUGUGCUCAGACCGGGACAGAACGCAGGUCAACUUUACCCUGCACACAGAUGUGUGCUGGCAGCCUCUAGUCCAGUGUUGGCAUCUGUCUUGUCCUCUGCUGGCGCUUUGGUGGAGCUGCAGGCCAAAUGUCUCUCUGACUCUGUAUUAACACCUCUUUUGGACUAUAUUUACACAGGGGAUUUGCCCUACAGUUACAGCCAGCAACAGUAUUAUAGUCUGCUCACAGCUGCCUGCUACCUGCAGAUGGAUGAACUACAAAACGCUCUGAGGGCUCAACAGCAGACUGAGGUUUGUGCUGCAAAUGGCGCAGAGGCUUCUGCUGAAGCUGAAAAGAAUUCUUAUAGGACAACUGUGAACACCUCCCCUUAUAUGCCAUCAACAUGCAGCAUUUUUACCUUUAGAAAACCUGAAGAAACGGACAACUUCAGUGAACAAAAUAUGACAACUUCACCAGAGAGAGAUAUUCAGUAUCAGGAUUCAAACAAUGUGGAACCAUUUAGUGAAAGUCAGAUGCUCUCAGCUGCUAUGGAUUGCAGUACUGAUGAAGUAGAAAUGGAUACAGGUAGAAAUAGCAGAGACCACUACAGUGGAAGGGAUGUAAGGACUUUAAGCAAUCCAAGUGCCCCCUGUGGUAUACUUGAAAGAACUGAAAGGAGCACAAAUGCAGGACAUGCCGGACAAGCAACUUAUCUAACGCCACAGCAUUUGACUCUAAAUGUCGCUAGCAUUGCUGAAGUGCAUCACACGUCUAAAGUGGACAAAGAGGUGGAAAACGAUCGGCUUAAUCCAGCUGGCAUCUGGCAAAGGUACACAGAUGACACUCUGGUGAGGACAGCUGAAAAUAGGAAGAGCUCAUCCUCAUCCCCACAUUCAUAUUGUGGGGCAGUACCUGUCAUCUGUCACAGCAGCAGAGCAGCUAUCCCCCAGCUGGCAGAUGUGUCUCCUGUGUCUCCUUUCCAUUCAGCCCUCCAGGAUUCAAGCAAUUCCAGCAGGUCUCCAGUCUCUCGCUCAGCAAGCAUAGAAAAUGACAGCACUGUUGAAGGUACUACAUCUAAAUGCAAACGUCAAUAUCAAGCACAGAGCCAGGAAUACGGCCACAAUAAAAAACACACUGUUACAGAAAAUCUGAAUAAUAAGGAUAAUUUAGAUCAAUGUGCUUUACAAGAUUUAUGUAACAAAUCCAGCGGAGGUAGAUCUGAUUAUGACAACAGCAAUUCAGAUCAUUUUAUAAUGCAGGGAAAUGAAUGUGUUGGCAGAGGAUCAUCUCACUUUACCAACAAUAAUGAUCAGCAUGCUUAUUGUGAUUCAUUUCAGAAAAAUACACACAAUCUUAGAGAAGAUUCAGUGCUGCAGAGUAAGGACUGGAGCCAAGAACUGAAGCAUAAAAUUGAUCUCACGUUUGAUGAUUUCUCAACCAAACAAAAGCAGUUGGAUUUCUUUGAAUCCUACGAUGUCAGCAAAUUGGCAACAGCAACAGCGGAACCAGGAGAUCUGAGAGCUGAAGUUCCACUUAUUGCUCAUCCUGUGGAGGGCUUAAACACAGGAAAUCUAGGUCCAGAGGCAGAGGUGAAAGAGGAACACAGUUACUCUAGUAGAGUUCCAGCUGAAAGUGAUAUACAGGAGAGCCACUGCAACUAUGAACCAAAGAAAAGGUACUUAAAUAUAUACAGAGCUGACACAAGUGCAAACAAUGCUCCUUCUAGCCAUGAUCCAAACUACAGUCCUACAGCUGUGGAAACCAAAGAAUACCAUGCUGAUAGCUUCCCUACAUCUCUGCAAACUGAAAAGACCUCAGGCACUGACAUCACAGAAUCACAUUCGAUCUUUACAAUGCCUGUGGACAGAAACAUGUCUGACACCAGUGUUGACAGUGCUGUGGGUCACUCUUAUCAUGGACAUCUUCGUUAUCAUUGCCUACAGCAUGAUGAUAUGCAAGAGAAUGUGCACUUAUCACAUGGAGGUUCUGAUCACAAACACUCCCACUCAAACCACUUUGAUGAUUCUGAUGGUUCAAGUGAGGAAGAAGACUUUGGUGCCUUUGAGAGUCCCCUAAAGCAGCACUACAGCUCAACAGAGACUACAGACCAGUUUCUUCUCCUGGAUAUUAGCACAAGACCUGCAGAACUGUUAGUAUCCUGCAAACACCGAUCUGGCACAGAAGAGAAAGGGGAUAUGUUUGAAACUGGAAUCUGGGCACAUGAUGGAGCAGAAAGGAACGAAAAAACAUCUGUAGCAUCUGUUGACAUGAAAACAGUUACGGCUAGGGCUAAAUUUGGAACUGGGAGAUUUGAUAUGGGUGGCACACACUGGGCUGCAAAGACCAAUCCUGAGGAAAGAAAAACUGUUGUUCAAAGUAGUCCAGCUGUUGAGACUAUUCAAAAUUCUUGCGUUGUGUCUGAAGUUUCCAACCUUAAAGAAGGUGAGAACCAAACCAUUACCUCGACACACUGUUCACCUCCUGGAGUGUCAGACUCCAUGCAACCCUCUGUGUCUUUUUGCAUGGCAUCUGGCCUUUCAACCAGCAUGCCAACCAAUAGAUCAGCUCAUCUGUCAUCUCCUGUUCACCACCCUUUCCAGUGCUCUCUAUGCGACCGUUCCUUUAGCCAGCGAGGUUCUCUAAAUAGACAUGUGCGGAGCCACCUUGGUGUAAGGCCCUUCCCCUGCCCCUGCUGCCCUAUGACUUUUUCACGCCAAUACCGUGUCACAGAGCACAUGCGUGUUCAUCAGCGAUGUACCCCUGGGAAUGAUUUUCAAAAGCCCUCUGCCUCAUCAACUUGAGACUUUGAGGAAAAGCUAGGAAACUGAAAUGCAUUUUUCAUUAUAAUAUAAUGUGUGUUAGGAUGACAGUUUUCUUUAGUGUCUUGCAAAUAUAUGUAAGACAGGGAAUUUUUUACAUAAUGUUCUAUUUUUAAAAUCGGAACUUGCAGCUGAAAGUUAGUCACUAUAAUGCAGUUAAUAUAGGCUAUUCUAAAUAAGCAAAAAAGCAGGAGGCCAAGAAAGUAAAGACAAAUAAAUGUUGUGGAUCUUAAUCCUUUAAUAUGCAGCAGUAGGUAACCCUGUUGAUUCACAGCUAGAGCGUCCUAGGUUCAAACCAGGGCAGGGCUCUCCUGUUUGGAGUCUGUGCAUUUCAUUCGACCCCUGGGAUAUCUGGUUUCUGUCACCAGCAAAAACAAGUGUUCUUGCGCCCUUGACAAAGGUAAUAAAACUGGUAGGAUUUGUUUCCCAUAAUGUGUUUAGUGUAGAGAAUUAGUUUUCCUACAGCCAUUAAAUAAAAGAACCUAUUAACUGAACAUAGUGCAAAGGCACCAUAUCAAAUGCAUAAACAGAGAAUGAAUCCAAUGAAAUACAUUUUUGAAUUUGAUGCCAGCAACACAUUAAGAGCAGAGUGAGAGACAAGGCCAUGUUGACAGUGAUGCAUCAUCUCUGAUAUCAGAAAGCCUGUAUAAGUAUUUGGCAGCUGAGGUAACUAAAUGCUGAAGUUUUAAAGGCAAUAUGUUUUCCAUUCUUACCUUAGUGAAAGAUUUUAGCCUGUCUUUUAUUGUAUUUGUUGUAUUUCAUGUGUUGUGCCAAAUUUUCGGAUGGUAACAGGUGUGGACUAUUGGCAGGCCACUUUGCCAACCUCUUUUAGUACUCUUUAAUUGUUGCAAUGUGAUUUUGACACUCACUUGUUGAAAUGAGCCUUUCCUUACAAGGGUAUUCCUUUGGAUGAGAGGACUUAUUCCAAAACCUGUAUACUAAUCCACUAAUACACCUCUAUACCAUGCAGUACCUUGAAAUGUGCAUUGAUAACAAACCACAUGGCCCCACUUCUCUUUACUGCAGAUUUUGUUUUUCAUAUAUACAUGUGUGCAUGUGGGGAUGUUCUUUUUUUAAUCUUUGCAUUUUUUUCCCCUAACAUUUGUGAAUGCAACAACAAAUCUUGUGCAUAAAUAUUCCUGAGCCUAUGCAGUUAUUUCCAGUACAGAACAAUGUUGGUUUUAAAUGCAGUUCUGCUUAGCUGCCAUGUCACCAUUGGCCUUUGUGAAUAUCUCUGCAUACACAGAUUUUUCCAGAUUUUCUGUAUCUUUCAGUGAUAAUAUGUAGCUGUGUCUUAAAUAGCAAAUACUGUUCUUAAAUUGUCUCUUACAGAGUUGUGAAUUCCUCCAUUCCUCUGAAAGAUGUGUCCUCUUUUUCUGUUCAUUUUAUAACCAGUCAUGUUGUUUAGUCAUCGUCUUCCUCCAUGUCACCCUAUCCUAGCAUUCUCCUGUUACCCCUAAAUUUGCAUGCCCUCCUUCAUUCUUCACCAUUUUUAAAAAAAUUGCCCCAUUAUAACAUUUGCUGGCAUCAAAUUUAAAAGUAUACAAUUUUUAACAGUUGAUAUAUUCCCUUUUUACUAUUUUAAGCUAAAUAUAUGAUAUGACUGAUUUGCAAAUCAGUACGAAACCCAGAAGCAAUUGGCAGGCAGGCACAGAAGCAACCUGGAAAACAAGGUGGCAUUUCCCUGCAAACUAAGUGUAGAACAAAUGAAUAUUUUAUGUUUAUAUAGUUGAUAUUUCACAAUAACAAUGUGAAAAUAAUGGCCAAAUCUACAGAUAAUACCAUUCUGCAGCUUCCCUCUACUUUAUCUGUUCGGCUUGCAGUUUACUGCACUGGCAGCUAUUGCAUACGCAUAUCAGUGUAAAACACUCUAAAAGUAUACUACUGGCACCAAACAACAGACAGAUACCAUCUCAUGCACAAAGUAGAUCAUUUAGUAUCUAAAUAAUAAUAAUAAUAAUAAUAAUACAUUUUAUUUGAAAGCGCCUUUCAAACCACUCAAGGUCACUGUACACAGUAGAAUAAAAGCAACAUAAAAGCAAGCAGAUCUAAACAGACUGACUUUAUUAGAGACCAAACCAAGUAAAACUCAAUAAUGACUUCACAUUCACCAGGUAGCCAGAACCAUGACAUUUCCACUGUGUGUGUGAGAUUUAAUUUAAAGAUAUUACCAUGUCAACUAUCUGGCUGGUACAUUAUAUUCCAAAGUUGCUUUCAUGGCUUUUCACUUCCACAGGUACCAGAGCUGUCUAGCCUAAUGCAGAGAGGGAGACACAGAAAUAUUCUAUGCUCUUAUUAACUUUGCAUGUUCAGCCAGUAAGUAGUCUACUAAGUCUUUGCCAUAAUGUUGACUUCAUUCCAUUUAGUGUUGUGAUUCUGAAUCUCUCUUUUUUACACAUGUAUUAGUUAUAUGUCUCACAUAGUGUUCCCUGUAAGAGAGGACAGCUUGUUGGGUGUCACAGUGUUUGUGCCAGUGGUGUGAAACAUGAGUCAAGGGCAGCUCUGAGGUUCUGUGCAUGUUCUGUCUGGUCUAUUCCAAAAUAUUUCUGUUAGGGACAGUAGGGUGAAAAAGGGUCAUAUUAUUUGGUAUCUUACACCUGGUAUGAACUAUUGGUACCUUUGAUAGGUAAAUAAAUAUAUAAAUAAAAGGGAAAUGCAAUUUAUCAGAGGUGCUUUAAGUUCCUAAGAUUGUGUUUUCAUGUUCUGAAGUUCCCGCCUAUUUGAAUUUUUUUUUUUAAAAAGGUGGGUUAUUAACUUGUGAUGCUACAAAAACAAACUAUGUAGGACAUUUAAUUGUGUACUUAUGAUUAAUAAGGACUGCUGUUAAUAUUUUUUUCAUUAUGCUAAUGUAAUAGUUUGGGCUCUAUGGCUUUGAAACAUUAGCUGUGAGAUGAGCAGUCUCCAGGUAAAAUCAACCAGAUGAUCUAAGAACACUGGAACAGUCAAACUGCAAAGUGAGACAAAGAGAAACAUUUCUGAUAAAAACAGAUGUAAUUAAUUUUGAGAUCAUUUAACUUUAAUAUUAUAAGAAUGUAACAUUGUACAUUAACUGCAUUAAAAGGUUUCAUGAAAAAUGUUACGAUACCUUAAAAA